AUGCUUCGCCGCCAGCUCAAUUUGACCGGGCUCCGCCGAGGGCGAGCUCCGCCGUCGGCCCGAACAGUAGCUGCGGGGGUGCGAUGCCAGUCCUCGCAAGCUUCCCAGCAUUCGCGCCUCGAUCGCAUCACCGCCAAGCUCCCCAAACGGCUGCAAAAGUACACCACUCGGCUGCGCAACGCACCCGUUUCUCACGUCGUCUCGUUUCUCAUCUUACACGAACUCACGGCAAUCGUGCCUCUCUUUGCUCUGUUCGCACUGUUUCACUACACUACUUACGUGCCCAUCUCGUACAUGACAGAUCACUUCGGCGGUUACGUACAAAGCAGCAUCGAAAAAUUCGAAAGGUAUUUUCGACGGAAGCGGUGGUUUGGCUUUGAUCAGGAGGAGUCGCGCUCGAACCAGCCAGUCGAUGGCGGACAGAGGUCGCACACGGACAUGGUCAUGGAUAGGUGGAAGCGCGGCGAGGCCAACCUUGCUUCCCAUCCGGAUCAUUGGAAGCGUUUCGGCAACGCCAUGGUUUGCAGGCGUGCUGAUUAG